GGGGGGGGGGGGGGGGGCAAAGUUACGAAGCAACCUGCAGGUGACUUUGAACAACACAGCGACUUAACCUUGGCCAACUUCAAACGCGCGACAUAUACACCCCAGUGUGGAACCACAAGUAUUACCCUUCGCCACAGCUCUACAAUGGUCAGCGGUGCUACCCCCUUUGAUAAGCAAGAGUACUGGUCGCAACGAUUCGAUCGCGAAGCAUCCUUCGAAUGGCUCAUGCCAUGGACAGUGCUUGGGCCACACUUGUUGGCCCUUGACCUACUUCCAAGAGAUCCCUCUGCAAGGAUUCUGAACCUGGGCUGUGGCAACUCGGAUUUGCCCCUGGACCUGUAUCGAGCUGGAUAUCAGCAUGUUACAAGCGUUGAUUUUGUCGGAUCCGUCGUCAACCGUAUGAGAGAGCGAUGCGAGCGAGCCAUUGGAUGGCCCUCGUCGCCCUCGUCACCUUCGGCCCGGGAAUGCCCUCUUCAGUUCCUAGAGAUGGACUGUCUGGACAUGUCCGCCCUUCCCCAAGGAUCGUUUCAGCUCUGUGUCGAUAAGUCAACCUCGGAUGCCAUUUCAUGUGGAGACGACGACGAGUGCACGAAGCUGAAGACUCUGUGCGAGCAGGUCGCAAGGGUAGUGGUGCAGCCGGGCGGGCUAUGGUGUGUGAUAUCGUACUCUCGAUUUCGACAAUAUGAAUGGACCGAGGGCCUGGGACAGGGACUGUGGCGGACGGAAAGGAUAGAGGAGGUCAAGGUUGAGCAGACGCGCCAGCAGCAGCAAAGGAUCGACAACGCAGGAACACAGCCUGAAGCUGGGCAUACGGUGCACGCACCGGACGUGUUCAUGUACCUCUACAUCAAUCGGCGGCUGUAAUACUUCUCAUGGCCACAUGGACAGGUCAAUAAAGUGCCAUUGAAGUCUUUGGCAGGAAGAACAAACAUGUGCUACUGUGGAUGAGGAUGGUUGAGGUUUUGAUUCGUGGUGUCUAGUCAGGAAAAUGCCAUACCCCUUGUGCACACCCAUUCCUAUGAGGACAAACCGAAGCGACUCAUCGGCGCGGAUGGUCAGCAGAACAAGCACUCAAAGAAGGGGCGGGAAGGUCUCCCUCACAUGCAAUGCGCAUAUAUCCAAUGCGAUGUGGCAAUAUGCUACAUUAACCCCAUCACAAAACACAUAUGUCAUUAUGAAUAUGAUGCUCCAAGUCGACGUGGCGAGGACUGUAUAAAAGGCCCUUCAUUGCCGGCAUUGUCGCCCCAUCAACGACCU